AUGGUCUACCCUUGGUCCAAACAAGCAGUUGCUCUUGCUGGAGGUAUAAUAGGAGGGAUCCUCUUAUUUGUUCUCAUUGGAAUAACUGCAUACUUGCUCUGGAAGAAGUUUUGCUGCCUCCUUUCUUAUGAAAAGCUCAGCGGUCCUGUCAAAAUGACAAAUGCAAAUGCCCUUUUUCAGGAUCAGUCAACUUCCGAAACUCAACUAAAAAGCACAAGAUCCAGAAGUGUUCCAUUUAUCAUUCCACCAACACUGCAUGGGCGAGACUGGAUUAACCUGACGAACGAAGAACACGUUCAGGAAGGCAGUGACCCCUACAUGAUUCCUCAGUCUGGGCCCCGGUCAUCAUUUCAUUCUUUGGCUGGAGCUUAUGUUGUAGGGACCAUUAACCCAGACCUGUACAAGUUUCCUGAAGACAAAAGUGAGACAGAUUUUCCUGAAGGCAACAUUGGCCGCCUCUGGUUUUCCAUAGAAUAUGAGCAAGAGUCAGAAAGGCUCCUCGUCUCCUUGAUCAAAGUCAGAAAGCUGCAGCCUCCUGCUGAUUCCUGUAGUCUAUUUGUGAAAAUCUACUUGCUGCCUGAUAAAAGAAGCUACUUGCAGUCCAAAACAAAACGCAAAACCCUUAACCCGCAGUUUGAUGAAAACUUUGUUUUUCAGGUUUCCAGUAAAAUGUUGCUCCAAAGGACUCUGAAGUUUUUGGUUUAUCAUGUCAAUAAACAGAAGAAGCAUCAUCUCCUAGGCCAAGUUACCUUCCCACUGAAAAAUCAAACAUUGACUGAUGACAACAAACUAGUCAUAUGGAGAGAUCUGGAGAAAGAAAACUUGGAGCCUCCUUCAGAGCAUGGUGAUAUCCAGUUCUCCCUCAGCUACAAUGACUACCUGGGCCGUCUCACUGUAGUGGUUCUGAGGGCAAGAGGAUUAAAGCUCCAGGAGGAGAGCCAUGCUGUCAGUGUGUAUGUCAAAGUCUCACUAAUGAACCAUAACAAAUUCAUCAAAAGUAAAAAGACAACAGCUGUUCUGGGAUCUCCCAAUCCAGUGUAUAAUGAAACCUUCAGUUUCAAGGCAGAUAAGACAGAGCUGGAUACAGCAAGCCUGAGUCUAUCUGUGCUCCAGAAUAUCAAGGGAGAAAAAACACAUCUGCUAGGACGUGCAAUAGUUGGGCCUUUCAUGUAUACCCGUGGCAAAGAACUAGAACACUGGAAUGAAAUGAUCAGCAAGCCCAAGGAGUUGGUUAAACGAUGGCAUGCUCUCUGCCACAGCAUGUAAACAGCACAGAUUAAAAAAACCUUAAAAUGGAAAAGCUCUCACUGUCUUUCCUAAUCUAAUGAUAAAGGGUACAAAAUCUUUGACCACUUUACACUCCUAAGUAGACAAGAAUAAAAUAAGUAAAUUCUUUCCUUGCCCAAAUGCAAAGAGAAGACCUGGUCCUUG